AUGUCUGAAGCAUCCGCGCCACCACCAGCGGCCGCUGCGCCACCAGAACAGCAACACCACAACCCGCACCAAACGCUACCUCAGGUGGCCAUGAGCACCAGCGGCGCCAGCAAUACCAGCGACGGCUCCUCCCGUCUUGCCACCACCACCUCAUCAUCCGCCGCCGCCUCCACGUCCACUCCCUCCGGCAGCCGCGCCGCGCCCGCGACCGCCCUGAACGCAGCCCCGCGCACCCAACCGCCGCCGCCACCCCUCAUCCAUCAACAGCAGCAGCAGUCGCCGCCGCCACUGCUCGAGACGCUGCCGUCGGUGGAGACGCAGCGGCACAUCGCCGAGGCGCGCGCCGCCGUAGUCGCCUCCAUCGGCAACAUGCUCGACGCGGAGCUGCAGGGGCGCGCGGCCGAGGGGUCGUCGUGGGAGGGGAGCGAGUGCAGCUGCAGCGACUGCGGGCGCACGCUCGGGGAGGAGGAUGAGAUGGAUGUGGACGGGGAUGGGCAUGGGCAUGGAGCUGGAAAGCAAGAGGCAGCGGUGGUGGACAAGGGGAAGAAGGGGCACGAAGCUGAGGGGGGCGUGGUGAUGGACGGGCUGGAGACCAUGUCGGAGACGAGCCGCAGCUUGUGUGAUGGAGAGUCGAGCACGACGACCGGCACCGGCAAGACCAAGAACUCGGAGACGGAGUCGCUUUCGACCACAUGUUGA